UUGCACUUGACAUAAUUCACGAUUUUGAAACGUUUGCCAACUUCUGAUUGCUCCGGAGUAAGCCCCUCUCUGUUUUUCUGUAGGUGCUGGAAAUGUUGUUUCCUUUGGGAUUUACAAGCAUGUGUAUCCGCAUAAGGGUAGCCUGAGUUUAUCAUUGUGCAAUGUUUUACUAAGCUAAAAUUUUUUCUGGUUUUUGUUUGGUAAAAUGGAAUGCUGUCUUGAUAUUCCGUUCUGGUUACGGGCUGUCAGAUUAGUAUGGAAGCUGGGAGGGUAUUAAAACAAUUGCAGGGAAUGUUCUUCAUUUAAGUAUUAUUUAUUGCCUAUCUUUCAGUGUUCUGAAAAAUCAUUUGGAGAUGGAUUCUGGCAUUUUGUCAACUUGUGUAUAUGAAGGUUAAUUGUCCAUCAAUAAAAACUGGAAAACCUCGAGUCUGUUCUUGCAGCUGUGACGGGAGAACUUCAGGGUGGGGAGAAGGAGCUCUGCCAGCCCCUGCUGGACUGCCAAGCGCCCGCCAGCAGCAGCAAGGCCCUGCGGCAGCGCCUGCUUUCCCGGCCCUUGAAACCCUGGAAUGGCAGGGGGGUAGAAAACAUUUUGAAAGGCUUGCUUUCUUCAUAGUCAGCGCUGAAGUCGAAGGCCUGGCCUGCCGGGAGAGGACAUGGCGAAGAGCCUGAGGAGCAAGUGGAAGAGGAAGAUGCGGGCGGAGAAGAGGAAGAAGAACGCGCCCAGGGAGCUGGAGAGGCUGAAGAAAAUCCUGGGCACCAACGCGGAUGUCGUCAUGGAGGAGGUCAAGGAGGUGGCGACCGUGCUGCCCGCCGAGAAGGUCCUCGAGCGGGGGGAUGACUGCAAAAUGGACGUAGAUAAUAAACGAAACAAAAAAACUCUUCUAGACCAGCAUGGACAGUACCCAAUAUGGAUGAAUUCCAGGCAGAGAAAGAAGCUUAAGGCACAGCGUGUUAAAGGGAAAAAAAAACCAAAAUUGGCCAAAGGCCUAGUCUGGUAAAAUUGGAGUUUUUGUAAGAUCAUGAAUAAUUUACUCGCAAAAUAAAUAUCCCAAAUAAGUACAUGGUAUUUUUGUGCUUGGCCACCAAGUAGAAUUUAUUGUGUUGUGUGAACUUUUGAAGAGACUGUUAGGUCAGCAAAUGAUGAAAGCAAUAUCAACUUGGUGUCUGCUGAACUUAAAUACAAAAAGCAAGCUGAGUGCCUUUGAACAGACUUAAGUGUCUGUGGUUAUCUUUUCUUGGGGGGGUGUCUUCAUCUUUUGUAUUGUGAAUGCUGAAAAUGCUAAAGGUAAUCCUAAAAAUAAUGAAACAGUAAAUGGUUUUUGUACUGUGGUCUGUGUCGGUGUAACUUGUCUUUUAGUACAUUUAAUCAAAGGAUUCCAUAAACUCACCAUAUCCUUUAAAUUCUUCUGUAAAAUAACUUUUGUUGCGCCGAUUUGUGUCACUUUUAACAUCUGGUAAUUAACAAAAAAGUGCUUUUAAUGUGUAACCAAAAAGAGAUUAUACACUGAAAUCAACACCAAGGCUUCAUGAAACUUCUCGAAGUAAAAAGGCAAAGUGUCAGUCUGACUUGAAUUCGCAAAGAGAAAACUGUUGGAACAAAGAAGUAUUUCACUGCUGUCUGCAGCUGAAAUGCUGUAGGAACUAAAUAACUGAAAGUAAAACGGAUUCUUUUAUUAUUAAUCUGAGAGAAUGCAAAUGCACAGAUUGGAAAUAAAAUAGUUUUAUUUAAGACAUUUUCCAAGUUUCAGUAAAGUAAAUGAGAAUUUACUUUUCCAUAUGUAUUUUCAGUAGCCUUUUAUUCCUCUUAAAAUGGUACUCAUCUAUCAUGCUUUACAAUGUGGGCAUAGGAUAAAAUAUUGCAUGACUGCGUAACAGAUGCCAUUUAUAUGUGAUUAGCUACAGUUGGUUGCAUAUUACUCGGCAAUAACAUGUGAUGACAGAUGCAAGAAUUAGUUGCCCUGAAAGCCUGUGUUUUUAAAAUGUCUCUCAUUUCAAGGAUGGAAAUAAUUACAGUACCAGUCCUGCCGUAUGUUGCCUGCUGAAGUACCAUUCAUCGAUACAGAGCAUAACCUUUGUUUGACUUCAUCCAGGAUGGGAUCCACGUUCUGUAAUUGUGUCUGUUGUGGUAACUUGGGCACAGGGAAGAGGAUUUAUUGUUGUGAAAGUAGGUACACUAGGUUAGGCUGUGGUAAAAUCCACAAAGAAGAACUCAACCUCACAGAAAAUCUAGUUUUUCUGGAAAAGUACGGUGGGUUUUUUAUUAUUAAUGUUAAGGGAAAAGUAUUCUGUUGCUCAGGUAAAGAACUAAAAAGGUGUUGGAGGAAAUAGUGAUGCAUGUUAUGCUUUCACAUACACUGACAAUUAAUGAGACUUGGUAAGAUGUAUAGAUCAAAGUUUACCAAAUUAUAUGCCAUUAAUAACUUUGUACUUAAAAAAUAUUCCCACUAAGUUGAUAAUACCCCCGAUAAAAAACAGAUGCUGCUCGUAGUUCAUUUUUUUGUUUUAUUAGUUAAGCAGGUCUAGAUUUCAGUAUCCCAUAUGUUAGCAUUUGGAUUAGUACUACUUUAAAAUUGAUUAAUAUGGAGGAAAGUGUUCAUUAAGGUUCCUAAUUACGUUUAUCCUGGAAUGGACUGAACAGUCAGUUUUUAUUUCUUUACUGUUUUAGUGAUAUAGGCUGUAUUUUGCUGAAUGUGUGCUUUGGGGAAUUGUGGAAGGGGGCUUCUUGGGUGUAAGUGCUAACAAUCUGGGGUUUUUCUGUAGAGUAAGCCCAGUGCUAUUUUUGACGUGCUUGUUUGUAAAUCAGAUUACUUUCAAGCAGCUGCUGGUGGGAAAGCGGGCUGCUUCUCCUGAGGGGAGAACACGAGACUGGCAAAGUACUCCCCUUUAAGUGUGCGGCUUCAGAGUCAGUUUAUUUUCAUUCUUGAGGUGCGCAGCCAUACUCCGUGUCUCAUCUUACUCGAGGCUGCCACCGCUGUACUCGCCUUACCCUCUCCUCUCUCGGGAGUCGUUGCCGUUCUGCCUCUGCUCCUUCCCGGAUAAGAGAAAAUGAUCUGCACAAAUGAAUACUCUCUCUUAUUUCUGCUUUUAUGACCUAGCCGUGAGCUUUGGUGCCCAAAUUUAUUAGUCUGCUGCUUUUGUGACCAGAUUAGGGAUUCGAAUCUCAAACGAGAGACAGCAGAUGCUGCGCUCAUCUUCUAUUUAGCAGUUUUAUCUACCAGCUGAAACAACACUGGCUGUGUGAGGUAUUUCCUUCAUGGUGUCCAGGAUAAAGUCAAACAGGUUCACUUAAACUACAGAUAUUUUAAGACAUCCUGUUUUAUUUUUGAGCUGAACCAGAGGAUAGGAAAGGAAUAACCCCAGUCUUUACUGGAGGGCAGCUCUUAGUCUAGUACCGAGGUACUUCUGUGCACGACACCACAGCUCACUCGGGUGAGGCAGACCUCUCUCUGGGCCGGGAUGGAUUUUGAGAGCCUGGUCGGAUGGGAUCUGUAAUCCAGGCUGAAGGCUCGCUUGUAGGCAGACAGCAGGGACCUGGCU